ACAGGAUAUUUCGACUGUUGUACGUGAGAAACCACACAACCCCACCAGAUCCCCCGCUUCCUUAUUAUCGUCGCACGUGCUAUUGUGCUGCUUAACGAUCUACGAAACCCUCUUGCUCGUGAUGGUUUUAAGAAAUGAGUAGCAUCAAAAAGAAAUAUUUCUCUACGUUAAAAUAUCCUCUGUAAAAUGCUAUCUUGUUUUGCUGUCUGAAAGGUCAGAAGUCAAAUUUAAGCUACGCUGUAGCUGCCUUUCAGCGUGCGCGUGGUUUAAUGUGUUUCCAUGGUAACUGAGUUUAAUCAAAAUAGCAAAAUUAUUAACAGUUGAAGAAUCACAAUAUAUUAAUAUAAAGUCUUCUUUAAACUGCGUUUUUUAUAAUAUUUCUAUAUCUAUGUUUGUUUGUUUGUGAUAUGGCAAGCAUUGUUAAAUAAGAAACAGAUUUUUUGGCCUAUUUGUAUGGUAAUUUACGAAACAGUAUGAAAUAGUAUAUGAUGUAGUUAUCACAUGACACAUUGUGGUUUUAUAUAGAGCAGAGAACGUGUUUAAUGUGAAGCUCGCCUAGAUCAAAGGACGGACACUGCGUGUCACUCUCGUGAGCGCGUGUGCGCGUCUGUCAGAGGGCGCGCGCGCUCUCGCCUGAUAUGAAAGCGGCAAGCGCAUCUGGAUUUUACACAGAUCGAGGCUGCCACUCUUCACCUCCACCCCACACGUUUAAAGGAGUAAAUAUGUGCAUGUUGUACUUGGUCAAGGUGUGAAGAGCAUUUUGAAUGGUUUGAUUUGUAACCGGCUGGAGAUGAGCGUGCAUUUUAUGAAGUUUUGCGUUUAGAAAUGCAACAGAGCUGGGUGCCUGCGGAGUAGCCUGACCUACAACUCAGGGUAAGAAGUCCCAGUGAAAGUCUACAGUACCUCCUCCACGUAUUUCAGCAGCUGUUUCCUCUAAGAGUUUCAAUGGACGCCCUGGGUGAGCUGGACCUGAGGGACCCCUCGGUGAAACGGUAAAUCAAGAAUAAAGCGGUGGUAUCUUUGCUGACCCCGCAGACCCUUUGAGUGGUUUAACAGCUGGUACCAAGACCCGUCCACCUGCCUUCUCCGCAGUUGGUUAGAGAAAGCUGUUCCUCACACCUAUUACAAGAGCUAUCGAGUGGCAAAGCAAAGUCUCACCAAGCAAUUAUUGGGUGCACAACUAUGCGUGUCCCUGAGGAUGUCCAUUCACACUGGUUGAUGGCACCAUGUCUUCUCUCAUCUAUAUUAUUCUCGAGCUGCUGAUUGCGGUUUUGGCCAUCGCAGGAAAUGUUUUAGUGUGUUGGGCCGUCUGGCUCAACAGCAACCUGCAGAGCAUCACCAACUUCUUUGUGGUAUCGUUGGCCGUGGCGGACAUCGCGGUGGGACUCCUGGCUAUUCCGUUCGCCGUCAUCAUCAGCACGGGCUUCUGCAGUCAUUUCCACGGAUGUCUCUUCAUCGCCUGCUUUGUACUGGUGCUCACCCAGAGCUCCAUUUUCAGUUUGCUGGCCAUUGCCGUGGAUCGGUACAUCGCCAUCAAAAUCUCAUUGAGGUACAACAGCCUCGUCACAAGCCAAAGAGCUAAAGGCAUCAUUGCGGUAUGUUGGAUACUUUCAGUGGUUAUCGGUUUGACUCCCAUGCUGGGCUGGAACAAAAACGUAACCAAAAACGCCAACAGCUCCUGUCCUCAAGGUAUGACAGAGUGCCUGUUUGAGAAGGUGGUCACCAUGGAUUACAUGGUUUACUUUAACUUUUUCGCCUGCGUCCUUAUGCCGCUGCUAGUCAUGCUGGCCAUCUACAUACGGAUCUUCAUGGCGGCCCGUCGCCAGCUGAGACAGAUGGAGCAGAAGCUGGUGCCUGUACAUGGCCACACCCACGGGGAGGGGUCUUCUUCCCGCUCCACGCUGCAGAGGGAAGUCCACGCGGCCAAGUCUUUGGCUAUCAUAGUGGGUCUCUUCGCUGUUUGUUGGCUCCCAUUGCAUAUCAUUAACUGUUUCACACUGUUUUGCCCACAGUGCAAGCGCCCGCAAGACUGGGUCAUGUAUCUGGCCAUCCUGCUUUCACAUGCCAAUUCCGUAGUAAACCCGUUUAUAUAUGCCUACCGAAUACGUGAUUUCAGGCACACUUUCCGAAGAAUCAUCCGGCAGCAUUUUCUAGGGAAUGAAAAUCGACUGUCUGGUGGAAAUAGUAAAGUUGGCGUAGUUGCUCCUAAGACUGGAGUGAGCGUGAUUGAGACGAGUACAACGUCCAAUGGAUAUGUUUUGGAGAGCAGUCCCAUUCACAGCGUGAUUUCCUGCAAUGACUUUGGAAUUACAAAGGAAAUGCCCUUGAACAUCAGACAGUUGAGGUCACAAACAGAAUUCCAAGAUUUAGGUUACACUUUAAAUGGACAUCACUCAGUGGAACAUUCCUUUGCUGCCAAUUCAAAUCCAGGUUUCUCAUUAAAGACUGGGAAUGAAAAACCCUCUGUCAGAGAACAUGUAGAAAAAAUUUUGACUGUAAAAGACUGCAAUGCUGUAGCUAAUGUACAUAUCAGCUGUCUGUUUCCCACAAAGACAAGAAACUCAUCCGAUCUCGCAGAAGUAUCAUGACACAAACUUCAUUCAUUCCGGAAACAAGUUACCCUUGAUUCCUUUUACAUGUUAUUGCAUACAGAGGCUUGAAAAAGUAGUUUGUGAUGUUUUUAAAAAUGUCAGUAAGGUUUACUUCAUAUGCGAGACUACCUU